AUGGUAGGAGUGGCUCAUUGUUUGGAAGAAGAAGAGAUGUCUAAAAAAAGUUUCAUAAAAAGAGCUGGUCACAAAGCUCCUGUAAUAGGGGAGUCCCUCUACCUUUGGGCAGGGGACCAGGUUGACUUGCCUAGAGUUCAUGACUCCCUUCAAAAGAGGGAACUGAUCUCAACAGUUGAUGUGUACCAGCUUUCAACUGCUGACUGGUCCUCUCACCUAACAAGAGGUACUCCUCCAUUAGGAGUAAUUGCCUACUCCUGUACCACCUCUCAUUCUAAUAUUUACUAUUUUGGUGGAUAUUGCGGUCAUGAUGAUUGUUUCCACAAUACGUUGAAUGUACUGAAUACGAUAAAGAUGCAGUGGACUUCAUGCAGUAAUACUGAACAGUCGUUGAUGAAGAAAGCCUUUGCUGGAAUGAUAUCACUGGAAUUUGAUGGAACAGAAUACCUUGUCAUUAUAGGAGGGAUUGGUUCUACACCAACUACUUACCAUCCUCAGUUUCAAUAUGAUCGACUUAAUAAUGGCCGUUUUCGUACUAAUGAACAGCUACUUUAUAAUGUGUCCACUGGACAAUUCACUGUUCCAUCUGUCAGUGGACAGUGUUGCCCACCAACUGAUUCUUUCAUAAUUGAAAAGAUUACUACUACAGGUGACAGUGGACUGAGAGGAGUAAUCUUUGGGGGUGUGGUGACUGUUAAUGGUGAUGGGACUAUAAGUACUAACAGUGUCUACAUAUUCAGUGUGACACUUAGUAUAAUAAACUGGGAGAUACUGAAACCAGGAGCAAUACCUAAUGAGGGACUGUGGCCUAUGGAAAGAGUUGAUCACGCUAGUGCUAUUAUCAAUGGUAACUUUACCUCACCUACACUAGUAGUGAUUGGUGGAACAAAAAAGAAUCAGCUAGUUCAUGAAUGUUUGUUAUUUGAUAGUAUCACUACUGGUCAAUACAGUUGUAAGAAGAUUCCUCUACCUGAAUCUGUUACUGGUAGAUACUAUCACUCACUCACAGCAGUCACAAUGUCACCACACUGUGUGUGGCUAGUAAUUAUUGGAGGAUGUGAAAAGUUUAAAUGGAAAGAUGUUGGAGGAGGAAGGAAGGAGUCGAUGGUUACAUAUAUUACUGAUACUAAUAGACUAAUAAUGAUAAUUGAAUUAGGUAAAAUAAUAGUAAGGAAAAUAUUCUAUUUGUAG